AUGGAGACUGAAACCUCCACCACAACAACACCCGGGCAAUUGCCUCACUCGUCUGAUACCAACGUUCAUGAUGAACCAGCAAGCCGAGAAAUCCCUAGAAAUUUAGCCGACGCCACCCCAGAAGCCUACGAUGAUGAUGACGAUCUAGACUCUAUCUUCGACGAUGACGAUGAUUUCUACGAGGGCACCGGCCCAGAUGAGAAAUCAGACGUUCCCCGAAAUUUUAACCGACAACGGCAGUUACAUUCUAAUCAGCAGAAACCGGCCGCCAAUACUCAAGCUAACAUAGACGACCAGAUUGCCGCCCUCUCGAAACACGCCGCUAAAAUACGAUUGGAUGAUGUCAAGGAGGGUCAAGAUCGAGAAAAGGACAAGGCUGAUAGGGCUACGAGUGAUCAAGUCCUUGAUAAGGCCACUCGGAUGAUUCUCUAUCAAAUGAUAAAUCGAGGUCUAGUUGGCGAGAUCCACGGCGCAAUUAGUACCGGUAAGGAAGCCAACGUAUAUGGCGCCCUCGCGUAUCCUGACAUCAACGGACCCCCCGUCCAUCGAGCUGUGAAGGUAUACAAGACGGCUAUUCUAAGUUUUAAGGAUCGUGAGAGAUACAUCGUGGGCGAGCACCGCUUUAAAGCCGGCGCGGAAAAGAGCCACGGCAGGAAGAUGGUUAAGCUAUGGGCAGAAAAGGAACACCGAAACUUGCGGAGAAUACACACCGCCGGUAUUCCUUGUCCUGAACCCUUAGAACUCAAGUCCCACGUGCUCCUAAUGAGCUUCCUCGGAGACAAGAAGGGAUACGCGUACCCGCGAUUACGCGACGCGAAUAUCUCCGGUGAUGAUACCGAUCAGGUAUGGAGAAAGCUCUACAUUCAACUCCUCGGCAUCAUGCGACGUAUGUACCAGGUUACCAGGCUGGUACAUGCGGAUCUGAGUGAAUAUAAUAUUCUAUAUCAUGAUGGGCAACUCUACAUCAUCGAUGUAUCCCAGAGCGUGGAACCUGACCACCCUCGAUCAUUGGAAUUUCUUCGGAUGGAUAUCAAGAACACCGGUGACUUCUUCCGCAAACAGCAAGUCGAUACGCUAUCCGAUCGUGCCAUCUUCGACUUUAUUACUAGUCCCAAGGGUCCGGUAGAAGAGCCAGGUCUAUCAGAAACCAUAGAAGAGCUAUACGCUUCUAGGCCAUCAUUCGCUAGCGACGAGGCCGCUGCUGCCGAGCUAGAGGUUGAUAACGAGGUCUUCCGAAACCAGUAUAUCCCCCAGACUCUGGAGCAGGUUUACGAUAUCGAGAAUGACGCGCAGAAGAUUGAGGAGGGCGAGGGAGAUAAGCUCGUCUACCGGAACCUCCUAGCGGACCAGGUAGUACUCAAGAAAGAAGAAGGGACCUCGGAAGACGAGUCGGACGAGGGAGCAGCUCUAGAUAGUGACGACGAAAGCAAGUUCGAGAAAGGAACGCCUCGGGGCAAACGGUUUGAAGAUAAGGAAGACAAGAAGCAACGCAAGCAAGCAGCCAAGGAGGCCAAGUCUGAGAAGCGGAAAGAAAAGAUCCCGAAGCAUAUCAAGAAACGUCUGGUAUCACUCACGGCGAGAAAGAAGAGAUAA